AUGGCUUUCAAUGCGAUCGAUAAGCAUUACACUUGUCGAUACUUCGCUUACGGCCCGGCUUGCCCAAACCACGACGCCUUCGGCCGCAACAUUUGUCCCUACGCUCACUGGGAUACAGGACAAAUGGCCAGUCAUUUUUGGCAACCUGGUACUUGCCUGAAAUGGAAAAGCCUUGGGUACUGUGAACAUGGUACCGCUUGCUGGUAUGAGCACAGGAUUACUGGCGUUAGCGCGCUGUACCAGGGAACCAUCGAACUGGCCGGAUUCGAACUAGAAGUUGCCGAUGCCGCAUCCACAGCAGGUUUCAACACGUUCAAGCAUGAAGCUUUGUUCAACCUCAUAUGGGCAGUGAAGAAAAUGAUAUUUCGAGUAGGUGGUGGUCAAGUCAAUACAGUCUCUAUGCCACAGCAUCCCUUCUACCCCGACAGAUACCGGCCGAGCGGAAUAGGAGAUAAUACCAACACAAAGAGAAAAAGGAAAGCCAUGGCCCAGAAACAAAUCCUCGACAGCUCAGUAAAGCCAGAAAUGCAUACUAUCCCGCCUUUGAUGAGGAAGCGGAACCUGAAGAGCAGGAUGGAAGACAACUUGAUAGACCUGUCGUCAUCCGAUGAUGAGAUCAUGAUGAAUACGGGCAACACCUCAAUCAGCGGGCCAAAGCGGCAAAAGAUCUCGGUCAGCGAUCUCGGUCAACUUACAGCUUCUCCAACAACCGUGAAGGUUAACAGCCAUCACUCAGGCACCACGCCGGCUACCAUGGCAGCAAGAGCCACUAAAGCCCGAGACUCGGCUGGUAUCAAACGCUCCAAUGCUAAAGUCGUCAGAGACCUCCCCACACAGCCGACCCCUGUAAUUUCGACAACGACCGCAGCAGCCACGAUCAUCAAGCAGCUACUUCUGGUCAAGGUCAAGCUGGAAGAUUCCAGGAGGGACAUGAACACCUGUCAGGCAUCGAUGAAAGCACUCUUCGAUGUACACCACGAAAGGUUUGAUGACGAUGCAACGAUGAAAGCACUGCGUAAUCUCAGCCACUCGAUGAACAAGGUAUUUGACGGAGGGAAGGAAGGAGCUGCAGAGGUGGACAAAGUGGUUGCAUGGUUGAAAGGGAAUAAAGCCACUACCCUGUAA